UCUCGGAUAGGGAAAGCGAAAAAAGAGGAGUGAUCAGUGAGGUGUCAUAAAAAAAUAUAUUCCAUAACAACAACAAUGGCACAACGGACGGUAUGACAAAGUUGUUUUGGUAAUACUAGCUAGGUAAUCACUUUCCUAGUUCUGGUGCUUUUUCGUAGUAGACUCCCUGCAAAGAAGCGUGAGAAGUUGUUAUUAUUAGGGAGAAAUGGCGGACGGCGGAGGCUUCGAGUUGGGUGAUGUUGUCGACCCACCCAUUGCGCCGAAUAUCAUCUGUCCCCUUGUCACCGUUUCUGACCUACCCAGCCCGACAGCUGCAGGCCGUAACCUGAAGGAAUGGCUGCAGGAGCAGUUCAAUAAAAAGCCUGAAGAACAGAGUGAGGACGCGCUGCUCCACAACGCUGCUUACGUAGGAGACCUGGAUACUCUGAGGAACCUGCUGCAGGAGGACAGCUUCAGAGAGCGGAUCAACGAGAAGUCUGUAUGGUGCUGUGGUUGGCUGCCCUGCACCCCUCUGCGCAUCGCUGCCACAGCCGGUCAAGGGGCCUGUGUGGCCUACCUGAUAGGCCAAGGGGCCAAGGUGGACCUAGUGGAUGUGAAGGGUCAGACGGCCCUCUACGUGGCGGUGGUCAACGGACACCUGGACUGUGUGACCAUCCUCCUGGAAGCUGGAGCUGACCCCAACGGCAGCCGCCACCACCGCAGCACUCCUGUCUAUCACGCUGCACGGGUAGGCAGGGUGGACAUACUCCAAGAGCUCAUCAGGUUCCAUGCCGACGUGGAUGUGGACCAGCAGCUGGGCGCCAGGCCCCCGUUUGGUGCGGCCCGCACCCUCACCACACUGGUGGUGUGCCCGCUCUACAUCAGCGCCGCCUACCGCCACCUCCACUGCUUUAGCAUGCUCCUGGCGGCCGGCGCCCAGCCGGACUACAACUACAACGGACCAGUGAGCCGCGAAGCGCUAGCAAAGGGUUUGGCCUCCUGCCUGCUGGAUGCGGUGCUGAGACACGGCUGUGAGGCGGCGUUCGUCAGACUGCUGCUAGACCACGGUGCCGAGCCCAGCCUGGUACCCUGGGAGCAGCCCCGCCGAGAGGGAGCGACCGCCGGGGGCCGAGAGAGGGUUGACCCCGAAGCCCUGCAGCUCUACUUGGAGGCCAGGAGAUGUCCUCGUAGGCUGACUUACCAAUGUCGGAUCAGUAUUAGGAAAGUGAUGGGGAAGCAUCGGCUAAAACACAUCCCUUCUCUACCGCUCCCGGACCCCAUUCAGAACUUCCUGCUUCACCAGAACUGACUCUGGCAGGCCUUGCCUUUGAUGAUCGUUAUGCUAUUAUGAACAGUGACGGACUUACCAUUAGGCAGAAGAGGCAAUUGCCUCAGGCUUCACAUCAUAAUCAAGGGGCCUCAUGAGCUGGGCAUAAUUUAAACAAAUAAAACGAGUAAUCUUUUUGUUUAUUUCUCAGCUUGGGCCCCCCCCAUUCUCUGCUCGAAGGCUGGAUUGCUCAGCUCAUUGCUCUCAUUCUUUCUCGCUUCAGUAGGUUGGUUCAGCAGCAGCAAAAUCUGCAGGAAGCUUCAAAGUUGCAAAAGAAAUGGGGAAGGGGGGUUUUGCCUGGUAAUGGUGCCACAUUGUGGUCAAAAAUGUCUCCAAAAAAGUAAAUGAAUCCAUAUAGCUGAAUAAUAAUGAAUAAUAGAUCAAUAAUUUAUUUCUAUACAAAUACACUAAGUGUGCAAAACAUUAGGAACACCAUCGCUUUCCAUGACAUAGACUGACCAGGUGAAAGCUAUGACCCUAUAUUGAUGUCAUUUUUUAAAUCCACUUCAAUCAGUGUUGAUGAAGGGGAGGAGACCGGUUAAAGAAGGAUUUUUAAGCCUUGAGACAUGGUUUGUGAAUGGGCAAGACAAAAGAUUGAAGUGUCUUUGGGGGGUAUGGUAAUGUAGUUGAUGCCAGGCGCACCGGUCUGAGUGUGUCAAGAACUGCAACGCUGCUGGGUUUUACUCGCUCAACAGUUUCCCAUGUGUAUCAAGAAUGGUCCACCACCCA